AUCAAUCCUUACUCACUCUCGUCGUCUAGCAUAUAGGCUUUUGUGCACGUCGUCGAAGUGUUGAUUCUGCCAUCGUUGCCAUCGAAACAUCAUGUCUGACAAUCUCAUGAACGAGGCUCAGGCAGUUAUGGACCGCGACGAGUCCAUGUUGGAUGAUGCCCCAAAGUUGCCAGCCCGAGGCCAAGAGCAACUAAAGUCGAGCCGCCGAAUUCGAAAUGACGAGAAGUGGAAAUCACUCAAGGACGAGAUUUACCGGAUCUAUAUGAUAGAGGACAAUACCCUCCAAAACACGAUGAGUACAAUUUUUGAGCAACAUGGCUUCGAAGCAAGCGAGAGAAAGUGGAAGGACAAGCUCAAGGAGUGGAAUUUCGACAAAAAUAUUUCGAGUCGUGAUAUGAGCAUCGUCGUCGCAAAGUCAGACAAGAGAGCCAGAGAUAAUGGCAAAGAGACAGUUUUCUUCCAUGGCGAGACCCAGAUUACACGACAGAGAAUUGAGCAGUUCAAGAGAAGGAAGAUAUGGAAGGCUGCUGAACCUGUAUCCCCCGGUGCUGAUACACCUUUUAACAUCACGUACCAUACUCCCGGUCACGACAUUGCAGACGAUCCUGCGGAGCUUUCACCAAUAG